GAGAAAACCGACGUGCGCGUCUGCUCAAAAAUUUCCAGCAUUGUCGUCGAGUAGAGACAUUGAAAUGUAAUGCGGGCAUGUAGACGGUACAUAUCGAGUAGUGCCCCAUUGCGCGCAAUCUCUUCUCCAUUCCAUUCAUUCAGAGUCUCUCGAUUCCUCCAACUGCUCUCUGACCACAAAGAAACAAAACAUUCCGUCUAUCCGCUUGUAGAAGCCAUACAUGAUGCAAGCGCUGGUGCCAGAACUCUCCAACACCAUCUUAAUCUCAUUCAAGGGUCACGAGCAGUGAAACGAGAAGUCAGGUGGAACCAGGUCGUUUUGACGGUUAACGAUGUUUCCAUACAGGAACUGGAGAGGUGGAAGCCGGUUCUAGAUGCUUCAAACAUCGAGAGUGCUACGAGGAUUCUUCAUCGGACCGGAUACAUUACUCAAGACGAUUCACUUCCCAUCAGCCUGGAAGGUGAAGAUGAGGCACCCCCACGAAGUCCAUCUGGUUCACCUGUCCCUCCUUGGAUUCUAUUCUACCUCGUCUCACACAAAGUUCGCGCUCUCCCACAUGCAACCGGCCCCAUGCUUUCCCUUACACUCUCACAUCUCAACUACACUCCUCCAGAACUCAAAGGCAGUCUCAUAAUCUUAUCCGUGUUCCAACUCGCUAAAUUCAACGCCGUCCUCCCUAUGCAACUCCUCACGAAUCAUUUCCUACGACUCGACCUUGCCCCCAAUCAUCAUGCCAGCAACCUCAGCGCCCACGCAUCAAAGAUUUAUUUCAAUUUACUCUUACAAGCCAUUUCCAGAAACCCCAUUCACUCCGUCCAAUCAGCGAGUUCUACCGUAGCCCUACUGAAAGGAAUGGACUCUCGCAAACUAACAUUGUGGCAGGAAACAUGCGACGAAUUAUUAAACGACAGAUUCGUCGUGCUCGAGCUGACGAAAUGGUUGAGAGAGCGUGCUGUCAGGGAAGGCUAUGUGCCCAAAUCAGGGCAGCUCGUUGAAUAUGUCAAACUCUUUACGGGAUCAAAACCCGCAAUUGAGGAUGAUGAUGAUUAUCGAAAGGUCGUCAAGGAAUUGCAAGGCGACACAGCCAAAUUUUUUAUGACCAAAGAGGGAAGGGAGGAUCGUUUUUCCGCUAUACAAUUUCUCCAAGGAAUGGUUGAAGCAUCGUCACCCACCAAACUCAAACCACCUGCCGUCGAGACCGCAGAAGUAACGGAACCAUCCGAUGACUCCAUCACCCCAAUGCCUCUCCCCAGCUUUUUCUUCUCCCCCCACAGAGACUACGAAAGUCUAUCUCAAAGGUUACAAUCCGAAUGGAAAGAAGGAUUUACCAAAACCAUCAAAGACACCUCUCACUUCUCCGCUCGCGAAAUUGUCAGCUUUUUCGAAUGGGGUGUCCCCUCUACCAUCUCCCCUCCUGGUAAUCACAACCAAUAUAAACCCCGCGUUCGUCCGACGCUAGGCUUAUACACCCAACUCAUCCGAGGUCUCCUAGUCCGUGGUGAACGGUCCUCAGAUAACCCUUUGACAGGAACGAACGGUGCUUUCCUUUUCGCCGAACAGUACUUUAGUCAUCUGAAAAGUACGGGGUUCACACUAGAUUCUCAUGCUAUAGCAGUGGGACUCGAGGCUUUCACAAGGGUUGGAAAACCGCACAAGGCGUUUGCACUCUUGAACGAGUGCUGUUUGAUGGCACCGCUACCCACCGCAACAGAAGGACAGAGCGACGUGAAAACUCUCUUUCGGAAGAUCCACCUCUCCACUAUCGCCUUGAGCGAUUUCAUGACCUCUCUCAUGCGUAUAGGCCGGCAUGACUGUGUAUGUUGGCUUUUCGAGAACAGUGUUAGGCUGUAUGAGGUAUACCCCGACAGUCGAGCUGUCUCUAUCUUUCUUCAGGCUGCUAGGAAGGCGCAGAGAGAUGCUGCGGAUUCGUGGGGUUCGUUUUGGUCGGCGUUAUUGAGGAAGAGGAAACAACAACCCGCUAGUCAGGAACAGGAGAGACACGAUGGUAUGGCGAAUGAAGAGCGAAUGACAGAAGAGGCAUUGAGGUCAUUGCACCAGAUGGUGGGGACCGCUGAGGAGCUGGUAUCCUACCAGCCUGGCAACUUUUGGUGUGGUGAAUCGUCGGUUGAUCGAAUGCGGAAGGUGUUUUGGGGGUGUGCGGUUGGGCAAGCAUGGAUGAUGAGUCGUGGUGAUGGUGGUGGUGGUACGGCAUCAUCUGGUUUUGGUCCUGGGUCUGAAAAGCAAAAACAGAAGGAGGAUGUGACAAACUCUACGUUGAACUCGAACUCGAACCAACACUUCCUCUCUGAUGACAAGUAUUGCGACGGAACACCGAAUCACCAGGCUCUCCCGACGACGGCAGGUACUGGUACCAGUUCACCGACGCGAACGCUUCCUGUUCCCUUACCCUUACCUUCUAUCGUGUCUCCAGCCCAACCCUUCAUUCAACCUGCAGAUACAGCGUUUUUUGACUCGUUGUCGGUCCCAUUCCCUACUUCUUCUUUCAAGCAACAACGGUUGACUCUAAAAGACUUGCUGCAAAACACACAAAUUGACAUACAGGCACUUCCCUCUUACCCACAGGUGAUAUUACAGGAUACCCAUUUUAGAGACUAUAUCCUGUUGCUCGGACUUGCGCCUCAGGGACGGUCAUUAUUCAGACGUUCUUCUACCUCUCGUAACACCAAUGAACAGCAGUCUGAGGUCUCAACAACUAAAGAUAUACCAAUUGAGGAGGAACGCGGACGCGAACACAUUCCCCCCAUCUCGGAACUCCCCCUCGUUCUCGCCUGGCAACGAUACCUAAAGAUCUCACCCUCCCGAGAUACACUUGCAGCUGCAAUCGUAUUGUUUGGGGAGUACGGAAGUGGUGAAGGGGGUAUUCAGCCUUUGGCUGCUGAGAUUCGGAGGUGGGGAAGUCCAGCACGAACGCGAACUGGUGGUGAGGAGGAAGACCCGUUGACGGCCGGAUGGGCCCGAGGAGGUGAAUUUGCCAGGCUUGUUAGAUGGAUUGAAGGGUGGGUUGCUGAGACAGAAGGUAGUGAACGUGGCCAAGGUGGGGUACAAACGCAGGUGAAGAAGAAAAGUUUGAUGCCUGAUGCGAGUUUGUUUACAAAGUGGAGGAGGAUUGUUGUUAGGAUGAGAGAGGGGAGGACGUGAUAUAGUAUCAAUAGUUACAGCAUUGCGUACCUUGGUACUUGCUAAAUUCCAGAGAAUAGACGUUGGGGACC